AUGGCUCGCCAGGCUUUUGUUCUUUCUCUCCUCAUUGUUGCCAUUGUUGGUGUGGCUAUGGCCAGGGAAGCCCCAUCAGCAUCACCAACGACAUCACCAGUUCCAUCCUCAGCACCAAAGGCAUCACAAGCUCCAUCUUCAUCAGCAGCUUCCCCCAAAGCCUCAGCAGCUCCAUCUACAUCCGAGUCUUCCCCUGCCUCUUCCCCUGCCACAGAGGAGCCUUCAUCUCCCCCUGCUCCAGCCAGUGAGGCCAUCGAGUUCGGCGCCCCUUCACCGGGACCUGCCGCUGGACCCGCUGCUGAUGCGCCUGCACCCGCUCCUAAAGCCAGCGGUGCUUCUGCCCUUGGAUUCUCUGGUGCUGUUGCUCUUGCCGCAGUUGCUGGCUUCUUCGCCUUCUAA